AUGAAUUUCCCAAUAAUUAUCGAUGCAGACAACAUGAUUGAAUCUAAUAAGCAAAAAUGUAUGGAAUGGGGUAAGAUUUUUACCAAACCAGCAAACCCGGCUCGCUUCGCUGGGCCUGAAAACAUAAGUUGUAAUAAUAUAACUGAUAAAGCAUCUACCUCCGUCGAUAUAUUGAGAAGAGCUAAAGACUGUGAUUACAAUGCUUUGGUUAUGACAUUACCAAUAUUUGUUGAUGCAUACAACUCUACUCAAUCUGAGAAUCAAAACACAUUUGAAGAUGGCAAGGAU